CCUGCAGUCUCAACCUGACAACAUGGCAUUCAAGGUAUUUGUACUGGCCGCUCUUGUGGUUGUCGCCAUCGCCCGUCCAGAUAACCCGCCUACAUAUGGCUACUCAGCCCCCACACCCUCUUACGCACCUGCCAAAUACGACUUCAACUAUGCUGUCAACGACCCACCAUCUGGCAACGACUUCGGACAUCAGGAAGCCCGCGAUGGUGAAAACACACAGGGAUCCUACUACGUCCUGCUUCCCGACGGUCGUCUGCAGAGGGUCACCUACACUGUCAAUGGAGACUCCGGUUAUGUAGCUGAUGUCACCUACGAAGGAGAGGCUCAGUACCCCACCCCACAAGCCUCCUAUGGUCCUCCUCAGCCUUCCUACAAGCCACCUACCCCUUCCUACGCUUAAGGAGAACCAAUGAACCAACCCCCUCAUAUGCUUAAAACUUAAUAGCUAGGGGAGAUAACAGUCAAAUAUCUAUACAUAUUCCAUGUUCGCCACGAAUAUUUAUUGACCGGGGUUAUGUGUAUAUACUAUAUAUAAAAUAAGAAGACUUGCA